UGGAUGUACAGCUUUUCAAGGUCUUUGAGCGUCUUUUUGAUUAGGCGUCUAGGAAAUGGGAGCUGCUUAUACGAAAAUUGUGAAUUAUCUAUAUAUUGUGGAACAUGGUGAAGCCACAUCGGAUUCUAACCUUAAGAAAGCUAAGAUAACAUGUACACUAUCAUCAACACGAAAACCAGCGAAAGCUAGUCCAUACUGGAAACAUAUUGAGCUAAAUAAGUCAAAUGAAGAGUCGCUGAAAGUUAAUUUAAUGGCCGGAGCAAGAUUCAUCCACGAGUCCAGAUGUGGUCGUGAAAAUAUCGCUGUGAUAAUUGAUUCAAACAAUCAUCAGUCUGCAAUUUUUGUCGUCGCAUAUUUCUACAUUCUAAGUGGACUACCAGUGCGACUUGUUCGUAAAGCUGUUAUGAAGCUUAGAGAAAGACUAGAUCUUACUGAAGAGUUUGAUUCUACCAUAGAAUCACUAACUGAGCUAAAAACUCCAAAAGAAUUAAGAGAUGAACUAUUCGCGCAUACCUCUGGAUAUACAGAAGACCUAUUAAUUGAAGAUUUGAAAAAAAUCUACCAAUCAGCUGAUUUAGAAGCACCAAAUCAAUCAGAGAUAAAACUUGACAUCAAACGAGAUCUAUCCAAACGUGAUUCAAUAACACCGCAGAAUCCACUGAAUCAAAUGUUUCGACGUCUAUCAGUUGAUCCAGAGAAAAAAGAAACAUUGCCUAAAAAAACUCCCGACUCCCCAUCUACUGCACACAGAUUCAGUUUAAAGGAGAGCAGUAUUAAUGAUAAUAAUAGUGAUAGCAAUAUUAAUACUACUACUGCUACUACUACUACUAUAGGUAAUAAUAUUCAUGCAAAUAACAAAAUCGAGAAUGAUAAACACCUGUCGGAUCAUAGCAGUUCAGUAUUAAAAGAUAUCCGAGAAGAUUUAAAUUCCACCAGUAAAAUCAACAACCAUCAUGAGAAUGAUAUAAACGAUAAGGCUAAAGAGAUCGCGGCGGCUGAAAUCAAAGCCCUGGACGAUUAUCUCAACAGUAGUGCUAAUCAUACAAAUCAUAAUAAUAACGGUGAACAUCAUGGAUAUGAUAAUGAUAUGAAUAACAAUGAUAAUAAAUUUACUGCAGGGAAAAAGCAUAUAUCAAUUGUCUACGCUAUAUCUCAUGAAUCUACUGAACCAGACAAUGUUGACAAGUAUCUGAAAAGUACCACAGAAGAGGAUCGUGCAAAAACACGUAAAAAUGUGAAAAUUGUACAUGCUUAUUCUAAGUUAGACAGUGAAGUUGAUUUUAUAUAAAAAAUAAAAAACUACAUGAAACACACUGCCAACCAGUUAAUAUUUAUAUAUAUCGCAUAUACAUAUCAUUUCACUUUAUACGAUAUAUUUUUUAUUUUCUACAAUUAUAACUGUUAUUAUCAUGAAUAUAUUAAUAACGGUAAUAAUAAUAAUAAUUUUAUUAUCAAUACUGUUUUAAUUACUAUUAUUUAUGAUAAAUUAAAUAAAUUUAUAUCAUACUAAUUACUUUCAUCUAUCGAAUCUAAUUUUUUUUUCUAUCAUUAUUCUUAAUAAAAGCCUUUAUUUCUACAAUAUAUAUACACAUAUAUACCUCUUGGACAUUGAAUAAAUGGAUUUUGUUUAAUUCUGUCAAGCGAGGUAUAUUUGAAUUUUAGAAGAUAUUUGAGUUAAUUUCAACGCUCUUCUGAAAAUAUUUAUUUUCAAGAAGUACAGCUAUGCAUUAAUUGUGAAUAUAA